UAAUUAAUUCCUAUUAAAAUUAAAUAUUUCACAAAAGAAUGUUGGUGGGUGAAUGUAUUCACAGUAGCCAUUAUCAAAAUCAAAGAUAAAUACAAAGACAAAUUCCUUCUAACUAUUAGUUGACUUUCCCUCUAUCCACUAAAGACAAAUAUUCAUCUUCUAUAUAAACCCUACAAGCCAUGCACAUCAUAUUCAUCAAUCUAGCUAUAACAACCUUUCAUUCCUUCAUCCAAAAAAUAAUGGCUUUCAAGAAUUUCUCCUAUCUACUUUCCAUGUUCUUGAUCUUUGUUUCAUUGUGUAUAGCAAAUGCUGUUCCACCAGAAACCAUUUGCAACUCUAUUGUAAACCCUACUUAUUGUAAAACCGUUAUCGGUAAUCAAAAUGGAAACAUCUAUGACUACGGUCGCAUUUCUAUUCAAAAAUCGUUGUCACAAUCUCAUAAGUUCAUCAACUUAUUGGACUCAUAUCUUCAAGGUAGCUCGUCUUUGACUCAAUCCACAAUUCACGCUCUCGAAGAUUGUCGAUUCCUUGCUAGCCUAAGUUUUGAAUACUUAUCAAACACCUAUGCCACAACAAAUACAUAUAGUAAUGUUCUUCCAACUUCUCAAGCAGAAGAUUUCGAAACGUUUCUUAGUGCAGUUUUGACUAACCAACAAACAUGUUUGGACGGUCUAGACACUAUAGUUUCUUCUGAUCACAGAGUGAAGAACGACUUAUCGUUAUCACUCUCUAAUGAGAAAAAACUUAAUAGUGUAACCCUAGCCUUGUUCUUGAAAGGUUGGAUGCCAGAGAAAAAAAUAAGAACAUCAUGGCCACAAAGCGGCAAACACUUGAAUUUCAAAAAUGGCCGGUUACCAUUGAAGAUGUCAAAUAAAGCACACGCUAUUUAUGAUUCAGCUAGACGCCAUGGGCGAAAACUAGUUCAAACUCAAACAGAUGAAAAUAGUGUUGUGGUAAGUGAUAUUGUGGUUGUUAGUCAAGAUGGAAGUGGAAACUUUAGCACUAUCAAUGAAGCAAUUGCUGCUGCACCGAAUAACACAGUUGCUAGUGAUGGAUACUUUCUCAUUUUUAUCACUGAAGGUGUGUAUCAAGAGUAUGUAUCUAUUGACAAAAAGAAGAAGUACUUGAUGCUGGUUGGAGAAGGAAUCAACAAAACAGUUAUCACAGGAAAUCACAAUGUUGUUGAUGGUUUCACAACAUUCAAUUCUGCCACAUUUGCUGUGGUAGGUCAAGGGUUUGUGGGAGCUAAUAUAACAUUUCGCAACACGGCUGGACCAGGAAAACAUCAAGCAGUUGCAAUGAGAAGUGGGGCUGACAUGUCCACAUUCUACCGUUGCAGCUUUGAAGGGUAUCAAGACACACUAUAUACACAUUCUUUGAGGCAAUUCUAUAGAGAAUGUGAUAUCUAUGGAACAGUUGAUUUCAUAUUUGGAAAUGCUGCAGUUGUUUUACAAAACUGUAACAUCUAUCCUCGUCUUCCUCUUAAUGGACAAUUCAAUACCAUCACAGCGCAAGGUCGAACCGAUCCAAAUCAAAACACAGGAACUUCUAUACAAAAUGCAACUAUUAAAGCAGCAGAUGAUUUGGCUCCUAAUGUUGGAACAGUUGAAACAUAUUUAGGGAGACCAUGGAAGAAUUAUUCAAGGACGGUAGUUAUGCAAUCAUCUAUGGAUAGUUUCAUAAAUCCUUCUGGUUGGCAUAUAUGGGAUGGUGAUUUUGCAUUGAGUACUUUGUAUUAUGCAGAAUAUGAUAAUAGAGGAGGUGGUUCAAGCACUGCAAAUCGAGUCACAUGGUCUGGUUAUCAUGUUAUUGAUGCUUCGGAUGCAGCAAAUUUCACAGUCUCUAAUUGUUGAACAAUCACGAGAGAUGGUUUAGAACUAAGAGUUUUUGAGUUUUUUUUGGUUGUUAUGUUUCUGUAAACGUGUGUAUCUUUUAUUGUGUAUUUUCAC